AUGAAGAUGAAUGAUUCAGCGUUGAGAGAUAUUAUUCCAUCGGAUGAUGUUUCGUUCACGGAGGAAAUACGAAAACCGCGAUUGUUAAGAUUAUUUAAAAUCUUUCUCAUUGUUUUCGUUUUGGGACUUGUCGCAGUUGGAAUUGUGUUAUCAGCAUUGAUUCUUACAUAUUCAGGAAAGUCAUUCUUAUCCUUUGUCUUACAAUCCUCAGGGCUGAAGAUUUUCUCUCUAUCGAACACAACUAUUUCUCAAGAAAAUUUAACUAGUACUUCAAGCAAUGAUAAUUGGCAAAAAAUCACCAUUUCUCCAGCUUCAACUCUCUCGACACUAUUACGAACAGGAGAAGACGUUAGACAUCGAUCAAUGAAAUUCGAUCGCAUAUCGAGUACGAAAGCGAAUGAACAAUCGAGUUCAAUUACUACGCAGACAGAAAUAUCUUCUCAACAAUCAACGAGUUCACCUUCAAUAACAACAAAUGCGCGAGUUUAUAUUACAACUUCAUCAGAGAACAGAGUCGACUCAUCAACGUCAAUGCAAUCAACUUCACAAAUUCAAGAUCAUGAGACAAGUACAACUGAACAACUUCCAGCAACUACCAAUAUUCUUAGGCAACCUUCGAGAAAAUUCUUCCGAGACUACUACAGAAAGCUCAACGAGGAUAUUAUCAUUGAUGAUCUUUUGUUUUCAUAA